AUGUCUGAUUUUGAGGAUUUCAGCAAGCCAGGAGGGCAGAUGAACGUGUCUGAAAGCUACCAGCUGAACCCAACCAGUGUGAUUGUGUCGGUGGUCUUUUCACUCAUUUUCCUGCUGGGCACCAUCGGCAACAGCCUGGUGCUUGCUGUGCUGCUGCGGAGUGGACAGGUUGGAUAUAACACAACCAAUCUGUUCAUACUCAACCUGAGUGUGGCCGACUUCUUCUUCAUCAUCUUCUGCGUUCCCUUCCAAGCAACCAUCUAUUCUCUGGAGGGCUGGGUGUUCGGCUCCUUUAUGUGCAAAGUGGUCCACUUCUUCAUUAACCUCACCAUGUACGCCAGCAGCUUCACGCUGGCUGCUGUGUCUGUUGACAGGUAUUUGGCCAUUCGUUACCCGCUACGCUCCAGAGAGCUAAGAACCCCUUGUAACGCAGUGGUUGCCAUGGUGAUCAUCUGGGGUCUUUCCCUGGUCUUUGCGGGUCCUUAUCUGAGCUACUACGACCUGAUUGAUUAUGCCAAUAGUACUGUGUGUAUCCCCGGCUGGGAGGCGCAGAACCGCAAAGUGCUGGACACGUGCACCUUCCUGUUCGGCUACGUCAUCCCUGUGCUGAUUGUGAGCCUCUCGUACACUCGGACAAUCAAAUAUCUGUGGACGGCUGUUGACCCUCUGGAUGGCAUGUCAGAAUCCAAGAGGGCUAAACGCAAAGUCACCAAAAUGAUCAUCAUUGUCACUGUGCUUUUCUGCAUAUGCUGGCUACCGUAUCAUGUCGUGAUCUUGUGCUACCUGUAUGGAGACUUCCCUUUCAAUCAGACCACGUAUGCCUUCAGGAUCCUUUCUCACUGCAUGGCCUACGCCAACUCCUGUGUCAACCCCAUUGUGUACGCUCUGGUGUCCAAGCACUUUCGCAAAGGCUUCAAGAAAGUGUUUAGCUGCAUCCUCAGUAAAAAAGGGAGAAAUAAGGUCCAUGUAGUUCAUGUUGCCAACACUGUGCCUGGAUUUGAAGCAGGCUCUACGGAGGUGUCACAGAUGAACGAGGAGAACUUACGACAGAAUGAAUGCGAAAUGAUUAACAGGCCAAUUGCAGAGCCAAGAGAAGCCACAGUGACAUUGAAUUUGCCCUUUCAACGGCAGACUUAACAAAUGAUUAUUUGCUGACAAGCACAGUUAGGAUUGCCUUAUGGAAAAGACACUGCUGUUAUUAUUUUACAAAAUGUGUUUAAUGAUAUUCAUACUUUUGGUGGCAAACAGUAAUAUUGUGUACACAAUGAGUCCACUAACAAAUCUUCAAUCACUAUCUUGCUUAGAUAUUCAACAAGUCUGAAAGGUUUUUCAGUAUUUAUGAAAAGUGAAAAACUAUCAGUAUUUCCUGUUUCCACCAUUUGCCUUAACCAUGGCUUGCACUGUGGCUUUUUUUCCCCUUUUUCUUUUGGCAGUAUUUGAGUAUCCACAUACAGCACUUUUAAAGGGGCCAACAUUUUCAGUGCAUAUGUAUUUGGGUCUCUGAUGUGCCUACUAACACAAGUGUAAAAUAAGACAAACAAGUCAGUUUGGUGUGGUCUUGGGAUUAAACAAGCCAUUCAGAUUUGAUGCCCCUUCUUACAUCACUUGGAUAUUCAGUGAAAUUGUACUGUCCUCCAUCCAUGCUUCUACCUGAGUCUCCACCCACUAAAUUGUCUGAGUUCCACCAUGUUUCUCUCGCAAGUGCCAGCCAGGACGCAGCUAAAUCAAACUACUAUACUACUACCAUUAUUGCUAGGCCUACAUAAAGGACAAUCCUCAAAAACUCUAAUGAAUUAGAUUUGAAAACAUGUAAAUACUCAAAGUAAUUAAGUAAACUUAAAUCAUUGUUGGUGGACAUACUUGAUAUGCACCACCUCAAUGGUACAGAUAGUAAAACAUAAGACGAUAUUUUUACCUGUGGAAAAAUUAAGACAAUGACUGAAUUCUUUCCUUUUGAAAGUAUAUCACCUGGUUACUUCAAUAUUGUUACAACCUAACUUGUCUGGGCUGCAGUAUAUGACAGGAAAUAGACAUAAGAUCAAGAUCUAACAUGAGACUAAGCUAGUUUGGUGUCGCUAGCUAAGGGAGGCAUAACUAAGCUAUCAUUGCUAAUGGUUUAGCUGGCUCAUACAGACAUUUGCACACCUUGUUUUCCCGAUUCAGCAUGAGAGGACGUUUUUAUGCAUAGUAACCCCAUCAAUUGAAGAAUUUACAGCCUCUUAUUCUCAGCCAAUAAGAUACAAGUAUUUCCAUGUUUUUUCCUGUAAACCCUCUCUGAUUAGUCAUACUGCUGUUUUCUUUAGUGACAAACCAGUAUAAAGUGGAGAAUUAUUUGGGGCUACAGCCCUGAAUGACAAGGCAAGGCAAUGCAUAUUGGUG